AUGGUCCACCUGGGCAAAGUUGCUACCGACAGAGAGCGUAGGGAAUCCGUCAUUCCUGAGCUGCAAGGUCUCUCCCUCGAGCAAUACGACGACGACGAUGAGACCUCCACCAACGUCUACGGCUCCAGGUUUGCCGCCGCCGACCUGCCCAAGCACGAGAUGCCGGAGCGUGAGAUGCCACGAGAAAUCGCCUACCGUAUGAUCAAGGACGAUCUGACCCUCGACGGCAACCCGACGCUGAACCUCGCCUCCUUCGUCACCACCUACAUGGAAGACGAGGCCGAGAAGCUCAUGAUUGACGCAUUCUCCAAGAACUUCAUCGACUACGAGGAGUAUCCCGUCUCCGCCGACAUCCAGAACCGAUGCGUGUCCAUGAUUGCUCGUCUGUUCAACAUUCCGGCCCACGAGGACGGCACCAAUGCCAUGGGCACGUCGACCAUUGGUUCCUCCGAAGCAAUCAUGCUUGGUACUCUGGCCAUGAAGAAGCGUUGGCAGAACAAGAGGAAGGCGGAGGGCAAGGACUUCAGCAGGCCCAAUAUCGUCAUGAACUCGGCCGUUCAGGUGUGCUGGGAGAAGGCCGCGAGAUACUUUGACGUGGAAGAGAAGUACGUCUACUGCACGGAAGACCGAUACGUGAUUGACCCGGAGGAGGCCGUCAAUCUGGUUGACGAGAACACCAUUGGUAUCUGCUCGAUCUUGGGAACGACAUACACAGGCGAGUAUGAGGAUACCAAGGCCAUCAACGACUUGCUCGUCGAGAGAGGCAUUGACUGCCCGAUUCACGUCGAUGCGGCUUCUGGUGGAUUCGUUGCUCCCUUUGUCAACCCUGACUUGAUAUGGGAUUUCAGACUGGAGAAGGUUGUGUCCAUCAACGUUUCGGGCCACAAGUACGGACUGGUCUACCCUGGUGUUGGAUGGGUCGUCUGGCGUGAUCCAGAGUUCUUGCCAAAGGGUAAGCCCACCUCGUUUGCAUUCUCGUCUGUCUCAGGCUGACGUUUUACAGAGCUCAUCUUCAACAUCAACUACCUGGGAGCCGACCAAGCCUCCUUCACCCUGAACUUCUCCCGCGGCGCGAGUCAGGUCAUCGGACAGUACUACCAGCUCAUCCGGCUGGGCAAGAAGGGCUACCGCAGCAUCAUGUUCAACCUCACUAGGACCGCUGACUAUCUUGCUGAUGCGGUCCAGCGCAUGGGCUUCACACUGAUGUCCAAGACACGCGGCAACGGCCUUCCCCUGGUAGCCUUCCGCUUGAACCCAGACCACGGCCACAAGUUCGACGAGUUCGCCCUCGCUCAUCAGCUUCGCGAGCGUGGAUGGGUCGUCCCGGCAUACACCAUGGCCCCCAACGCCGGCACCCUGAAGAUGCUGCGUGUGGUUGUCCGCGAAGAUUUCUCCCGCAGCCGUUGUGAUGCGCUCAUCUCCGACCUGAAACUGGCGAUCACCGAACUGACGAAGAUGGACGAGAAGCGCUUGGAGGAGCAGAGAAUGCACCAGGCGGCUCAGAUGCUCAAGAAUGCCAGCCGCAAGAAGGUCAACCAGCACUUCAGUGACGAGGAGCACAGUCUCAAGGGCAAGCACGGCAAGACGCACGGCGUGUGCUAG